AGAGGGGCGCCGAAUCUAAACCCGAUAACGAACCAGCUGGUGGCAGUGCCGUCGUACGACGUUUACGUGCACGUACGACCUUCGCGAAAAUCCAUUUCCAGCUGGUCCAUCGUCGAUGUUUUAAACCGUAAAAUUAAAGAGAAUAAACCUCGAAGAAAGUGUUUCUCGAACGGUAACGAGGGUGAAACGUGCGGGUGAUACGGUGGUCCAUCGAUCGGUUGCCCCUUCGAAGUCAAGUAGUUAUAGUUGAGGAAUCAGACAGCAGCAAGUAGAAGAAGACGAAAAAAAUACAAACAGAAACAUGCCGUGACCGCAACACGACUUGACACCAGGAUGUAUUGUAUAGUCGUAGGAAAAUCACGGUGCUCGUAACGCACGACAUUCGAUUGGACGACAAAUGUCGUAGGUACUCUUAUCCGUGGCUCAGGUGUGUGCGUGUGUGAGAGUGAAGUCCUGUGUGUGUGCCUGUGGGUGCUCUCCUCGCUCGUACCUGACCUGACCCAGGUGACCACCUGGACCCAACGACGAUGACUACGAGGGAGUUAUACGUUAAGGGUGGCAGGGUAUGGGUGCCACAUCCAGAAAAGAUAUGGGAAGGGGCGAUUCUCCUGGAGGAUUACAAGUUAAAUCAGCCCACCUUGAAGGUCCACACGGAAGAUUCGAAUCAGACGAAGGUCUUGGAAAUAAAGUCGGACGCCGAUUUACCGCCAUUGAGGAAUCCGGACAUACUUUUAGGGGAAAAUAAUUUGACGUCGUUGUCGUUCCUCCAUGAACCGGCCGUUCUCUACAAUCUUCAGAUACGUUUCCAACGGCACUGCAUCUACACGUACUGCGGGAUUGUGUUGGUCGCGUUUAAUCCUUACAAUGAGCUUCCAAUUUACGGAAAUGACACGAUCUGGGCGUACAGGGGGCAGGCGAUGGGCGAUUUGGAGCCGCACAUAUUCGCCGUUGCUGAAGAGGCUUACACGAAAUUGGAAAGAGAGGGUCACGAUCAGUCCAUCAUCGUCUCCGGAGAGUCAGGUGCAGGGAAAACAGUGUCCGCGAAAUACACGAUGCGAUAUUUCGCCACAGUCGGUGGCUCGACAACAGAAACCCAGGUGGAAAAGAAGGUGCUCGCAUCUUUGCCCAUCAUGGAAGCAAUCGGUAACGCGAAGACAACGAGGAACGACAAUUCCUCGAGAUUCGGGAAGUUUAUUGAAAUUCAAUUCAAUAAGCAUUAUCACAUCACCGGAGCCAGCAUGAGGACUUAUCUUCUCGAGAAAUCACGAGUCGUGUUUCAGGCAUACGAGGAAAGGAAUUACCAUAUAUUUUACCAAAUGUGUGCUGCUGCCGCGCGGCUUCCGCAUUUGCAUCUAAGUCACCAAAAUCAGUUUCACUAUCUGAAUCAAGGGAACAACCCGAUGAUAGACGGUGUGGACGACUUGGCGUGUUUCGAUGAAACGGUGAACGCGUUUACUAUGCUGGGAUUCUCUUCUAAACAGCAGGAUGAUAUGCUUCGUAUUUUAGCGGCUAUUAUGCACUUGGGAAACGUCAGGAUAGGGAAUUCUGAUACUCAGAAUCCGAACCAGGAGAACGACACCGAGGCCAGCUACAUUCACCCAUCAGACAAGCAUCUGUUAAUAAUAUGCGAGUUACUGGGCACCGACGUGAACGCGAUGCGAAAAUGGCUGUGCCACCGGAAAAUCGUGUCGAUGAAGGAGGUGUUCUUAAAGCCGAUGAACGUGGAGCAAGCAAUCGGGGCCAGAGACGCUCUCGCAAAACACAUUUACGCGGAAUUAUUCAACUGGAUCGUAACUGGCAUCAAUAAUUCGCUGCAGUCCCAGAACAAACCCCAAUGCUUCAUCGGCGUUCUCGACAUCUACGGUUUCGAGACCUUCGAAGUGAACUCGUUCGAACAAUUCUGCAUAAACUACGCCAACGAAAAGCUUCAACAGCAGUUCAAUCAGCACGUGUUCAAAUUGGAACAGGAAGAAUAUUUCAAAGAGGAAAUCGAGUGGACUUUCAUCGAUUUCUACGACAAUCAACCCUGUAUCGAUCUGAUAGAGACGAAGCUGGGUAUACUGGAUUUGCUCGACGAAGAAUGUAGGAUGCCGAAGGGGUCGGACAGCUCUUGGACGGAGAAACUUUACGCAAAAUGUGGAAAGUCUAAGCACUUCGAAAGACCACGGUUUGGAACAUCUGCCUUUCUGAUCCACCAUUUUGCCGAUCUGGUUCGAUACGAGACGACUGGAUUUUUGGAAAAGAAUAGGGACACCGUCAUCGAGGAACAAGUGGACGUUCUACGAAACGGAGAUAAUAAAUUACUGAAAAAGCUGUUCAGCGACGAGGAUCCGAAACUUAUGGUACCCCCGAACGUCAGGGUCAAAAUAUCUGCCCAGAAGCCAUCACCCAGCACCCCCAAACAGAACAAGAAAACGGUAGGAUCGCAAUUCCGGGAUUCCUUGAACAUGUUAAUGUCGACGUUGAACGCGACUACUCCUCACUAUGUACGAUGCAUUAAACCGAACGACACCAAGGAAGCUUUCGAGUACAAUCCUGUUAGAGCUGUUCAACAAUUACGAGCUUGCGGUGUGCUGGAGACGAUCAGGAUAUCGGCUGCUGGGUUCCCCAGUCAGAGGACCUACGGCGAAUUCUUCCUUAGGUACAGGUGCCUGUGCAAGUUCAAGGACAUUCGACGAGAUGAUCUCAGGGAGACGUGCAGACGGAUAUUGGAAAGGUACAUAAAAGACGACGACAAGUUUAAAUUCGGCAAGACAAAGGUCCUCUUCCGCGCCGGUCAAGUGGCCUACCUAGAAAAGCUCCGAGCGGAACGGCAACGAGACGCUUGCAUAAUGAUACAGAAAACGGUCCGAGGCUUAAUUUGUCGCAGUAGGUACAAGAAGAUUCGCCGUGCCGUUCUUGGGCUUCAAAGAUACGGCAGGGGUUAUAUCGCUAGGCAAAAAGCUCAAGCUGUACGAGAGGAAAGAGCCGCGAUUAAAAUUCAAGCACGCGUUAAGGGCUGGUUGAAACGACGUCGGUUCCUUCAGAUAAAACGCACAAUUAUCGGUAUUCAGACUUAUGGCAGAGGAAAAAUGGCUAGGCAGAGGUAUCAGUUGAUGAAAGACAACGCUGCCGCGAUUGUGAUUCAAAGAUUCGCGAGGGGAUAUCUUGUUCGAAUGGCGUGCAAGAAGAAGUUGGAGAAUAUUAUCAUUGUUCAGUCUUGCGUGAGGAGGUAUCUGGCGAAGAAGGUGUUCAGAAGAUUAAAGGCUGAGGCUAGAAGCGUGGAACAUGUGAAGUCUUUGAAUAAAGGAUUGGAGAAGAAGAUCAUCACGUUACAGCAGAAGAUCACUGAACUUAUAAAAGAGAACCAGGUACUAAAGAACGUUCAAAACGAGGUGGUAGACCUGAAACACAAGCUGGAAGGUCUGAAAUCCGUAGACGCAGAGAAUAAGAAGUUAAACGUAAUUUUGAUAGAGAAGGAAAAAGAACUGGAGAAGAUGCAGGAGAUAGUGAAGAACGAAAGAGACGAGAAAAUGGAUAUCUUACAGGACAAAGAGAGAAACGUUCAAGAGAAGGAAGAAGAGAACAAGAAGCUUCAAGACGAGAUCGAAAAAUUGCAGAAAGAGCUUUCAGUCGCGAACGAGAAGCUGAAGAACAACCAACGCGGUGCGGAGGAGAAUCUGAAGCACCGAUUGGAACAGGAGAAGGAUCUGCUCCUGCUGGAUCAGGAUCAGGAUCGUGGAGCUUAUCAAAAGUUGUUGAAAGAGUAUCACGAGUUGGAGCAACACGCAGAAAUGUUGGAGCAAAAGCUAGCGAUGCACGCGCCAGCGCACUCUCGUUCCCUCAGCAACGCUUCCAGCAGCAGUGGACAAAUUGUGUCCACGGAACUUCCUUCUGAUGAUCAGAAUAUCGAUUUGGGUUACGGAUCGGUAAGGUCAACGGCAUCCUCUUCGACUCCUUAUUCGAGAGUGGAAACCAUCGAUUGGAAUCAACAGAGGUCAGAGAGUCCUCCUGAUGGAGAGGUGCAACCACAUAAGUCGCCUUCAGAAACUAAUGGACCAGCACAUGCACCGGUGGAUAUCGGUCUCGUGCUGAAACUUCAACAGAAACUGAAGGAUGUUGAGAAGGAGAAGGGGAGACUGAUUAGGAUGGUGGAGGAUUUGGAACGCGACAGCCCCGAAGAGAAUUCGAGGACACAGGACACGUUCAGGCUGCAAGAACUAGAAAUGGAGAACGCUCAGUUGAAAAAAGAUCUGGGGUCGCUAAGGAAAAGUGUGACCUCGACAGGCCUAUCCGGUGCACAACAGAAUCUCAUGGGACAAUUCGACGCUCUUCAAGAAGAACUCGAAAGACGAAGAGAAGAGUGUAUACAGUUACACAGCGUGUUGGCGGAUAACACGCGGAGAAUGAAGAGUCUAGGCUCGAAUUAUGGCCGAGACGUGGACAUCAUUAACGAAGACGGGGAACUUGUGUUAGCCUUCGAAACCCAGAAGAAGAUCAACAGGCAACUGGAGGAUGAGAUUCAAAUGAAGGAGAAGAGUUGGAGAUCUCAAAGGGACGAGUAUCGAGCGGAAGUUGAUAGAUUGCAGGAGGAAAUUGAGAAACAGCAGAAGUUACUGUCCUUGAAUUUGAGUAAAUCCCCGCAGACUCAAACGGAGGCGUACAUGCAGCAUGAGAUUGCGAGGCUAACUUCCGAAAACUUGGAGCUGCAGGAGAAGUACGAUAAGAUAGCGGAAGAAUGUAGGAAGUUCAAGAAACAAUGCAAAAUACUUGCGAAACGUCUGAAAGAUGCGGGCUUGCCAUAUACCACAGAGUCGACGACCGAUUCCACUAUAAUGUCUUCCACCGGUCACUCCGAAAACGGAAGUAACUUACCGGUCAUUCGAAAGAAGGAGAGAGACUACGAGGGCAUGUUCGAAUUCAAGAAAGAACAUAUCAACGUAAUAAUACGACACCUCGUUAUCGACCUGAAACCUAGGGUCGCGGUAACAUUGCUACCCGGUCUACCAGCCUACAUCCUCUUCAUGUGUAUCAGACACACAGACUGCAUAAAGGACGACGAGAAAAUUCGAUCACUGUUAACUACUUACCUGAACGCCGUAAAACGCGUGGUCAAAAAACGCGAGGACUUCGACUCCAGCGUUCUGUGGCUCAGCAACACUUUAAGAUUGCUGCACUGUAUGAAACAGUAUUCCGGGGACAAACCGUUCCAGAGCGAAAACACUCCCAGACAGAACGAACAAUGUUUGAGAAAUUUCGAUCUGGCCGAAUACAGGGUUGUUUUGAGCAACGUGGCGCUUUGGAUCUUUAAUAAUAUCAUGACGAAUCUUCGAGACAGAAUCCAGGCGUUAACGGUUCCUGCACUUCUGGAACACGAAGCCAUUACAGGGUUAAAUUCUAAUAAGCCUGGCAGACCACGAUCCUCUUCCAUGGGAGAAGAACCGGAGUCCACGCAACAGAAGCUUAAUAAACUACUAGACGAACUUACUUCCGUGUAUAAGACGCUUCAGUAUCAUGGUGUCGAUGCUGAAAUCGUUUCACAAUUAUUUAGACAGCUCUUCUAUUUCAUGUGUGCUAGCGCUUUGAAUAAUUUGCUGCUGAGGAACGAGCUUUGUCACUGGACGAAGGGCAUGCAAAUAAGGUACAACCUGAGCCAUUUAGAGCAAUGGGCAAGGGAUCGACGAUUGGAGGUAGCGGCAGUAGCUUUCCACCCGAUCAUACAAGCGGCACAAUUGUUGCAAGCUCGAAAGACAGACGACGACGUAGAUGCCGUGUGCGAAAUGUGUAACAAAUUGUCCGCGAAUCAAAUAGUAAAGAUUCUAAAUUUGUAUACGCCCGCGGACGAUUUCGAGACCCGUGUACCGGUUUCGUUCAUCAAGAAAGUACAAGAAAAAUUGAACGAACGCCGCGAAAACAACGAACAAUUGUUAAUGGAUCUGAUGUACUCGUAUCCAGUAAGAUUCCCGUUCAAUCCAUCAGACAUUCGGCUAGAAGAUAUUGAAAUACCAGAAGUACUUCACCUGCCCAUGCUCAAAAAAGUGUAAUCAUAGCAAAUGAGAAACUUAGAGACCCCGCUGCGCAUGUAACUUUUAGUUGAGUAUCGAGUAAUCAAAUUCGUAUAGCCUAUUUAUUAAGAAAUAACAACAAGAAACUAAGGGCGGAGAAAAAGAAAGAAAGGAAUUAGCUGCGCUGAUCACUUUGGCUAAACAAAUUAGGUAACGCAUCGAGCGGGUCAUCGAAAUCACGUUUUAUAUAUAUUUUUUUUUACUCGAGUAAUUUGUAUUUAACAAAGUAUCAUUCCUACCGUUGUCUGCGUAAACAUGUCGAUUUAAAGGAUUCGUUUCACGAACGACAGAUACAUUUUUCGUUGUUCUUAAUGAUUACGCGUCAAAGACUUAAGGAUGGCGUCGAAUAUAAGGCUCUGCUGGAGCUUGCAAUUCAUACAUCCGAAUUGAAUGAAAACGAUUUAGAGAUAUCUGUAAAUGAGAGGUAGUGAGAUACAAAAAAAAAAAA